AAGACCAAUGUCGCGUUCGGUGCAGCCUCAAAUAAACAACUCCUUUCCAAAGUUAAAUCGGUGAAAAAGCUUCAUACUGACGGGUUUGCCAAAGUUCAAUCAUUGCAUUCGCCGUCCACAAAACCAACCCGGAAUAGAAAAUGCCAAAUCCCAAAAUCAAAGCAGUCCUAUUUGACUUCAUGGGCACAUGUCUCGACUGGCACAGCGGCACAAUCAACAUUCUCCCUCAAUCCAUCCCUGCCAAGAUCGGAUCCGAAUUUGCCCUACAAUGGCGUCAGACGUACUUCGACUCGAACGCGGCGCGACUAGCGGCGAACUUGCCGCCGGAAGAUAUCGAUUUGACCUUAAGAAGGACGCUGGACGAGAUGCUAGAUAGUGGGAAAUGGGACGAGGUCAAGGCUGGAUUUGAUACUCACCACGAUCCCAAUAUCAAGGACAAGUGUGUAUCUGCAUGGCACUCCAUGCGCGCCUGGCCAGACGUCAAACCCGCCAUUGACCAGCUCAAGGGAUUGGGCUAUGAAGUCUUCGUUCACGCCAACGGGACAACUCGACUCCAACUUGAUUUAUGCCGCUCAUCGGGGUUAAGUUUCCACAUGUUGUUUUCCAGUGAGUUGUUGGGAGUCUAUAAACCCGCUGCAGAGAAUUAUGAGAAGGUGUUGCGGUUUUUGAAGUUGAGGGCUGAGGAAUGUGUGCUUGUUGCGGCGCAUGCGUGGACGGAUGAUGUUGAGGAGGAUAUGGAGGUUGUGAAGAGGGAGAAUGACUUUUUCUUGGAGGAUAUGAGUGGGCUUGUGGAUGUUGUUGGGAGAUUGUAG